AUUAAGUGUGGCGCGGCGGGACAGAGCCUGGCUCGAGGCGACUGACGAGAGCCCUGAUUGGCUGUAGUGGGUUGCUGCAGCUCCGCGAUUGGCUGAUGCCGGAGGUUGGCUUCACUGCAUCUCCAGGUCCUUCCACUCCCGGCUCACCUCCCAGGUUCUUUGAGAAAAAGCGAUGGCCAAGCUCCUGCAAGUGCCCCCCAAGUUCCUCCCCCCAGAAUGGCACAUCGCCAACAAGACUCAGUACUCCAGUGCCGAGGCCCAGCAAUCUCGCUCGGAGCGCCUUGUGGACGAGAGCCAGCGGCUGGUGGACGAAAUUGAAAGGACGACACAGAAGACCCAAAGUGAUGUGAACAAAAAGAUAGAGCAGAGACUUGAGGAGAUCAAAUUCUGGAAGCAGCAGCUGGAUGACAAACUUGACCAGAUUGCGAAGGAGACAGAGGUGCUUUUGACAUUUAGGACUCGGCUGGAGAAGGCCUUGGAGAGCUGCAGAGAGCCACUCUUCAUCGUACAGGAGUGUCUCCUAAACCGGGAACGGCGGGUUGGGAUCGACCUGGUCCACGAUGAAGUAGAACGGGAGCUAAUCAAGGAAGCUGAGGUCCUCCAAGGUGUGAUUGCUCUGCUUGAACGCACCCUGGAACAAACCAACGAGCAGCUUCGGCUAAAUCGCUCUGCCAAAUACAAUCUGGAAAUGGAUCUGAAGGACAAGUUCACUGCGUUGACCAUUGACAACUACUGCUCCAACCUGAACAACAACACACCAGAGAUUCGAUAUGCCCAGAAUGUUGUUACAGUGGAUGACAGCUCAGUGAGCCCCCAGGAAUGGGUGGAAUUCUCGAAUGUGAAUGUCGAAAAGGCCGACAAACAGCGGAACAAUUCCUUGGCGCUCCGUGCCUUGAUCGACAGUAUCUUGUCCCAGACGGCGAGCGACAUGCGCAAACAGAACAAGACGGUGAACGUCGCUUUCCAGAACAGGGUGAGAGAGACGAAAGAUGCGAAGGCCAAGCUGGAGAUGCACCUGGCAAAGGUGAUGGAGGAGAUUAACUCCCAAGAGAAGAAUAUGAUUGCCCUGAAGAAAGCCAUCAUGGACAAGGAAGGGCCAGCCAAGGUGGCAGCGACGCGUCUGGAGACCCGGACUCACCGGCCCAACGUGGAGCUGUGCCGAGACAUGGUGCAGUAUCGGCUCAUCAGGGAGGUGCAAGAAAUCAACCACAACAUUCAGAGGCUGACGGAUACCCUGGCUCAGGCGGAAGCAGAGCUGAAAGGGCUGAGCCGACGGCAGCUUUCCCUGGAGGAGGAGAUCGAGGUCAAAGCCAACACCCUCUAUAUCGACGAAGUGCUUUGCAUGCAGAUGAGGGAGUCCAUCUCCAUCAACAACUUCUGAUGCCACGAGGCUGGCUGGGCUUCAGCCCUGCACAGAACGGGUCAGAUCGACUGCGCCAAACUGCCCAAGUCUUUCGUCUUUAUUUUGAUCAAAUGUCCUCCACUGUAUGCUUUGUAGAAAAAAAAAUAAAGCGGGAGACAUCAAU